CGGUGAUGGUUUUAUGCCCCCCCAAGUGCGUCGUCUUUGGAGGCGGUCCCAAGGCCGCCCCGUGCAUCCCAGUUGCUCCAUAUUUCACGUUCCGAAGCCACCCACGCCAGUUGCUCGCGCGAGAGCGGCGACGGUGACUAAUGCAGGUACCGCUAGGCGACGGGUCGCGUCGCGAGAAGAAACGGCGCAAAAAGAGGUCAUGCACGGGCUGCCGUGCAACACACGGCGGCGCCCGGCGAAUUCCCUUCCCCCGCCGCCGAAUCGCCGUGCGGCGACUGUCCGUCCACCGCUCGCUCGCUCACUCGCCCGCCCGCCCGCCGGCGGAGCUCGACGUGGCAGGUAGAAAGGAGCGGGGGCUGGAAAGCGGGAUGGGGGACGCGCCGUCCUUGGUUCGCUGACCACGCGCGCCUGCACCGCCGCGACGUGGCACGAGGAUUCCAGCGCCGAAAGCCUCCGCCGCGCCGUCGAUGUGCUUUCUUCUGAAGCCUCGGCGCCGCUGUCAGAUGAGCGUCCGCCUGCCAUAUGGCGCUGGCUGGAGAUGACGGCCUGACGCGCGAAGCCAUGGCGACCCCAGGCGGCCCCGCCGCCGUCGUCGACAACAACAACGGAGAGGACGGGCCCAAGCAGGCGGCCGGGCUGGACGAGGACGGCGCCGCCGCCGAGGGCCCCGCCUCCCUGGAGUACGAGGAGGACUGCUACUACUCGUGCAUCGCGGCGGCCGGGACGCCCACCUUCGACCAGUGCUGGGACGACGACGAGGAGACGUACCUGCUGGUCACGCAGAACAGCGAGACGGGCGGCAGCCUGCCCCUGGGCAUCGAAGACACGCUGAGCGUCGUCGACGACAACUGCACCGUCGAGGCAGAGUUCUACCUCAAGGCCGCCAACAAGAAGGGCCGCGGCGUGCGGGUCAUGUUCCAGGACGUGUCCAAACCCUACCUGGCGCGCGUUACCAGCCCGCGCAAUUACCACAGGUUUUUGCAGUUGGUCAAAGCCGAGGAAGCUUCUGCGGGAGUUGACAUGUCGCCCGACUCUGGUAUCAAUGAGCUUCAAGGGCUGACACCGGAAGAGCAAGAAAGGCAGAGGCAAGAGUGGCAGCAAGAACUUGCCAAGAUUGAAGAAGAAAUUAGGACCAUGCGGGAAGUUUUGGCUAACAAGCAGAAGAAGGCUGGUGAUUUAAAACGUAAAUUGGGAUACACUGUUUGGAAGGAAUUCCAAGAUGAUAUGUCGCAGGGCAUUCGCAAUGUUAGAGAGUCAAAUGUUUAUCAUAAUGUCGAAGAGAAGAUAGGCCAGUUUGGGAAAGCAGUCUCUGAAGCUCCGAUUUAUCAGAAGACUGAAUCAAUUGUCAAAACAACAGCUGAGAAAACUACUUCCAUUUUGGGUGGUUUAGGAUCCAGUGUUUCCAGCAAACUGGGUCAGCUUAAAAACUCUGAAUCAUUUCGUUCUUUUGAAGAAAGAGUUGGAUCUGCCUAUGAAAAUGUAAAGACAAAAGUUGUUACAUCACGUUCCAACUCCACUCAGAGCUUUGACGAUGCUCUGCGUGAAGCUGAUGGCAGCCGCAAGGGCAGUGUUGGAGGGAUCACUCCAGCCUCCACUCCAACUAUUCCAGAAGAGAAGCCCCUUUCUUAAGGGAAGCGAGACGCUUUAUUUCACCAGUUGCAAUUCUGGGUUUAGCACUGAAAGGGCCUAAACUGAGACUAUGGAUCUGUUAACACAGAAUGAUAAUUAUGAAUCCUAGAGUGCCUGGCAAUGCAAUUCUUAACCUCUCUACUCUUAUAGAUUCUUGUAAGAUUUGCAGGAGGUUAGUGCAUAAUAUUAAAAAAGGAUAUAAAUGUAUGCUAGAUUUAAUUAUAUGCUUCUGUAAUUGCUGAUGGUAUUUUGAUGUAAAGUCUGAGUAGAUGUUCAUAGCAAAGGGAAGGGAGAAAUACUGAUGAACAGAAGUAUCUGUAAGUGUAUAUAUAUAUAUUAAAAGUAUGUGUGCUUUUAUCCAUGCAAUUUGCUUUCCAUGCUGAUGAUCCAGUUUAAAACUUAGAAAUGUUGCUUGGACAUCUUUCCUAGGUUUUAUUAGUUUUUUUUAUUGCUAUAGAAUAAUAUUUAAUUGCUCAUAACAUUACUUGGUUAUGAAUUGUCAGUGGGACAGUUAUAUUUAUAAAAUCAUAAUAGCAAGAAAGAUGUAAGAUUUAUAUUCUAUUUUUAAAGUUCUAUGGUUGAUGUGUAGAAUUCUGGAUUGAUAUUGAAAAUAGUUGCAGAACUUUCGUAGAGUAGCUUUAAAUUGUCUUGUUUUAUUGUUGAUACUUGAAUGCUUCAUUAGGCUGAUUAAACUUUUUGGUUGAAACCAAUAAAUUUUCUUACAUUUACUUUCAUAAUUGUGUUUUAUUAAAUGUCCUGGUAUUUUAUUCAGUUCCAUGAGUUUUUGCAUGUUUAACAAGAUUUUUGUUUUAUAUUUCUUAUUCCUGUAUUGAGAGAUCGUUUGUUCUAAUGAUUUAAAGACCAUAUGCAUGAUUAAACCCUUGUUUUUCUUGAUUUUAAAAUGAAACUUUUGUUGCAUUAAAAAAUUUGCAAAAUAAUUAUUGCCUGUGGAAAAUGCAUUGUGGAAUGAAUCUGUUCUUUUAACAGUUGUGCUAAACCCAGCCUAGCAUCUGGUUGUGGGAAAAAAAUGCCAUCCUGUACGCCUUGUGAAGAUGUUUUAUGUAAUCACAUGGAUGUUAAAUACCAUUUGUUUUUCUUAUCAGUAGACUCAAAAGUUCGCUAAUCAAUAAUGUACAAGUUUUGCCUUACAAGAUUGUGCUACUACUGCUGUUAAAUAUAGAUUGAAAUUGCUAUUUGUAUCAGUUAUGUACAUAAUUGUACCAGAGAACAGAAUGAGAAUUUUUGCAAAAUAUGCAGAGACAGAGGUCUGAAGCUCAGUUAAGUUUACACAGAUUUAGAAUUUUUGGAAAAUGCUCUGUCCACUGAAGCCUUUUUACUUUAGAAACCCAAUACUGCUUCAACAAAAGGGUUUCUCAAGGAUAAGGCUUCAGACACCAUUGCAAGUAAAAACGGGCAAUGUAAAAACUUGUGCUUAAGAUUUCAAAAUGGCAAUUAUCCUUGCUACCUGCAAAUAUAUUGAUCACCAAAUGGCUGAAGAAUCAAUUGUGGAUACAUUAUUAAAUAACUCUAGUAUUCGAAAAUUAAUUGGUAUUUUUUUUACCUUCUAAGCUGUAGAUGACAUUUUUAUGAAUGUUACAACUCUUUUAUGAAAAAGAUGAAUUAGAUUUUGUAAAAUACAAAUUCCACUAUAUUUUAUUAUUAAGAAUGGUAACUAAGUUAAUGAAAUUGAGAAAUAAUUUUUCUAUAUAUUAGUUGAAGGCAUACGUUAGCUUAGAAGUACUUGGUGCGUCUGAGUAGUGGUUAGACAUUUUAACAAGGGCUGGGCUUAGCUUUGUGACAUUAGUUAAGUAUAUUAUUUGUGGUUGUUAAAUACAUAAUUAAUAUAAAAAAAAACUUUCUUUUCAGUUUUUGGUUACCUCAAAUUUUUAUUAAACUGGCCCUUGUUUUUACAUUUUGCCUUAAAACUCCUGUAAAUAACUGCACUGAAACACGAUGCACUUAACUCACAGUUGAAUGGUUCCUUAAUAUUUAUUACAUUAGGCAGAGAUGGAUUUAAAAGAAAGUUCAUUUUAUUCUUUACAACUAGGUGUAUUCUCUCUUCUGCAUAAUUGACCUGACAGGUCAUUUAUAUCUUUAGAAAUUGCUGUUUCUUGUCCUUAAGUGUUAUUUUGCACAACUCUUAAUAUUCUGUCUUGUGGAAAUUCCAAUUCAUAGAUGCAAUGUUAAAUAAAAUAUUAAUUCUUAUGUUGCUGUUUUGAAAUGUAUCCUUUUCAUUGUAUCUGCAGAACUGUGAAAAAACGUAAAGACUGUUCAUAGUGUAUUUAUAUCGGUUAACAAUUAUAUGCUGACAAUUCACCAAUGUU